GCCAGCGCCAGACCUUUUAUGAAACAGUUGUCGUUGUACAUUUGGUUUGUGUAGUAAACACUGACAUACUUGAGAGUUUCCUUCUCUUCUCAGGAAGAGUGAUAAUGGCUCCUACGAAGAGAAGCCUCUCCCUGUUUCUCUGGUUGGCCCUCAUAUCGACGAGCUCCUCAGACUACACUCCUAACUCCAUUUUGUGCGAUGACAUUCCUGCUAUCUGUGAAAAGAAUGGUCUUCCAUACGAAAGCAAUAACGAAACCAUAUGCGGGUCGCUGGACAGAUAUCUGAACCCUGCUGUAUGCAACUGCGGCCACAAAUGUAUGGGAUCGAUAGGUGAAGGGAAGAGUUGUUCCACUUCUUCGGUAAUGAUGUUCCCUGAAGAGGUCUGCGGGAAUCAGCUCGAAUGCAUCUCCAGCGAGACUUCCGGAAAAAACGCUAAAUGUACACCCAAUACAGCACACGAAUGCAUUUUCUUGGCCGUCGAAUACGAUGCGGCCAUGGAAGAGGGCACAGUCGGUCCGGGACAGUACAGACCAAAUUGUAACGACGAUGGCUCCUACGCAGGGCGUCAGUGCAGCCCCGGAAGCUCGUGUUAUUGCGUUGACAAGGGCAAUACCCGGCUCUUCGGGGAGGCUUCCGUUACCGAGUUCGACGGAAUGGACUGUGAGUGCGCCAUCUACUGGUCAGACACACAAAGCCGAGGUCUCACUGAAGGACUCCGGUGCCUCGUGAAUGGUAACUUUGACCCGCUGUUUUGUGUUGACGGCCUCUGCUACUGCUACGACCACGAGAAAGGUUCCAUUGACGGUCCUUACUCAGACACCGGGAUCACAGACAUGCCAUGUUACGACAGCUCGGUCCACAACCCCAAUUACACCAACAUCUGCAGUCAGGCUCAGAUUGACUGGGACAACAGAGCGGAUAAUAGGACCAUCAUUGUUGAUCAGCACAGAAGACCGGAUUGCGAUCAUUCAGGUUACUACGCUCCUGUGCAGAUUACGGGGCCAUACGCUUAUUGCGUUGACCCUUACGGUGACCUCAUCGAAAACUUCACUGCUCCCUUAUAUAGUGCUGACGAGAUGACCUGCAAUUGUGCAAGAAGAAGGUAUUUCAUGGAGAAGAGUGGCCUGGGCGCUUCGAAACCGAAGUGCUGCUCGAAUGGAGAGUACUUCCCUUACCAGAAGAGGGGCCUCCAAGCCUACUGCGUUGAUAACAACGGCAAUCAGAGAGGAAACGCGACGCCCAUAACCGAUCUCGAGUCCCUGGUCGAGACUUGCACUUACACAGCUCCUUGUCCCGAAGACAUCCCAUUCGCUCUCUUCUAAGUGCCUUACUUGAAUAUUUAGGAUAAGGCAGUGGUUCCAACCUGUGGGGCGCGCCCCCCCUGGGGGGGCUAGAAGGGCUGCCAGGGGUGUGGGGAAGUGGGCGCCAAUGCUUGAUGAAGUGGAUAAUUGUAUCUGAAAACGAUUGAUUAUGAUGGAAUUCAGAAUUUCAAAAUACUGAGAAAAUAUUUCAGAUAUAAAUAUGAAAUUUAGUUGUCUAAAUAUAUAAACUAUUUCAAAU